AUGAGUUCACAACCGCCGGUGCCAGAGACGAGCGUCCUGGCGGUUGCCAGCCAUGUUGUCUCGGGGCAUGUAGGCAACAAAAUUGCAGUGUUUGUACUGCAGUCAAUGGGCUGUGAUGCCUCUGUUCUGAAUACAGUGCAGUUCAGCAACCACACAGGUUACAGAAGGACUAGAGGCACUAAACUUACGGCGCAAGAGAUCACAGAUCUUUGGGAUGGGCUCAAACAAUCCCAUCUAGACAGCUUUGACAUGAUGCUGUCAGGCUACGUGCCCGGCGCCGCAGGCGUCGAGGCUGUUGGCCGGAUAGCCAAAGAGCUGAAAGCAGAUGCUGCCUCGAAGCCAGGUAGCUUCUUCUGGGUACUCGACCCUGUCAUGGGCGACAAUGGGAAGAUAUACGUCGCAGAAGACGUAGUCCCUGCUUAUCGAAGCCUGAUUCACCAUGCAGACUUGAUCCUGCCCAACCAAUUUGAGGCCGAGCUUCUUUCAGGGGUCAAGAUUACUGACUCUGCAUCUCUUGAGCGCGCCAUUGAAGUGUUGCAUGAUACAUACAAUAUACCGCACAUCGUAAUAACAUCUGUCUCGCUGCCCAUUCGUAGCGCCUCUCAAACACCAUCCUCAACACGACCGGCAUCUCCUAUGCAGUCACAACCUCCCACCACACCCACUAUGUCCGUUGUAGGUUCAACACGAACCUCUGACCGCAAGCCCCGCCUUUUCACGAUUCAAUUCCCCGUCUUCAAUGCCUAUUUCAGCGGCACAGGCGACAUGUUCGCGGCCCUGAUGGUGGUGCGUAUGCGUGAAGCCGUCGCCUACUAUGCCGCUGAAAACACACGGCACACGGCAUCGUGGCUAAGCCCGGACAAUGUCGAGGCCACAGAUCUACCCCUCGCGCGUGCGGCCGAGAAAGUCCUAGCCAGUAUGCACGAAGUGUUGGCGCAGACAUGUGAACAGAUGCCUUCGGAACUCGCGGCUACUAUUUCGCGACUCGCUACGCGUAGAGGCGUAAGUGAGGACGCCAUACGUGCGGAUAGCGAGACAAUGCAUCUUCUCAAGUCUCAGGCCGCCGAACUCAAACUCACCCGAAAUCUGGGAUGUCUGAGGGAACCCGCUAUAGAGUAUCGCGCCGAGAAGAUGUGA